CCCAGGCUUCACCGCGGCCUUGGAUCGGUGGGCGCCAUCUUCAAAUAGUAUCAAACUCAAGAACUUGUUCGAAAGGACUUUUUUGUCGUGUUUUACAAUCUCUAGAAUCAUGAACCUACUGUGACUGAAAGUUAAUAGCCAUAGCAGUGUUAUUUGUGUUAUGUACAGUGCAGACUCGACGUAGAGCGAGUAAAACUAUAGCCGGCUCAACAUGGACUCGCAAAACAAACAUUCCAAGGUCAAGCAGUGGCUUGAAGAGAACCUCCCAGAGGAUUUGGUUGCUAACUAUGAGAUCAAUGCCACUACAAUAGGCAUGUUAGAACAGCUUGCGAGAAGAAACAGGCAACAAGAGAAGUAUGCCAAGCUACUUAUCAACGACAUGAGACAAAAAGGGCUAGAGUAUGCUGCUGAAGCUCAGAGAUGGACAAGAGUUCUCUGUGACAUAGGACUCCCAUUAUCAACCCUGUCUCAGUCUGGCCUGCUGAGUAUCAAAACAUUGAGCAGUAUCUGUCUGUUGCUUGGUGUGAGAGACUGCUCUUCAUCAAGCCUGAUGUUUGGCCUGAGUGAUAUAUCAUAUGAUCUUGAGAAGGUUCAGAAUGAGAGAGAUGCAGAAAAAAUACUGUACACUAGACUUCUUGGCAAGACUAAGGCAGCAUUGGCAAAGGAUAGUGUGCUACAGAGGGCACUCCACACCCUAGAAGAGCAAGAGAUUCUCCAGACCCCAGUGCUGGCCAAGAGAGCUCAGGACACUGGCUUUCUUCAUAACAAGAGCAAAGAGUACAACAGGAUCGUCAAACAGCUUGAGGGAACAAUAAAGAGUGUUGACCUUGGCCUUGGUAGAACUAUCUACCAUGGGUAUCUAGUUAGCCAGUCAGAGGAAGUGGUAGGAUUACAGGAAGAGAGAAAACCCCUGAAAGCAAAGAUGGACACUUAUCAGAGCUUGCCCCCUGAUAUUUCACUGGCCAGAGUGAAGGUUGAAGAAGCAAAGAGAGAGCUGGAAAAGCUUGAGAAACAGCUAUCAGCCAACAUCAACUUGCUUCAUAUUUAAACUGAUUUCCACCUGCUAUUUCCAUCCAAAUAUUCCAUGCUAACUAUACAAACCAAUUCAUUAGCAUUCCUAUAAGUAUUUGUUUAAAUACCAACUAUUUUUAGUUACUGAAUUAAAGGCAUCUCAACUUCAUAUUAAAUGAUGAUUUAUUAAUUCUCUUUCAAUGGAUAAAAAUUAAAACAAAACAAAAAAAACUGGUUGUAGAACUCAGAACAGUUCUAAGAUACCCUUAGUGGAAUUAACAUGCAUGC